GGCCGCGGCGGCGUGAGGGGAGCAGAGAGCCCGGCGGGAAAAGGGGAAAAAACUGCCCGGGCUGAGGGAAAAACGGGACCGAUCUGCCGAGAGACAAUGACACCGAACAGGAGUCCAGACACGUCCCUCAUCGACCUGGCUGUGAAGAUGAGGAAACAGGCUGAGACCAGGAAGGUGGUGCUGGCCUGGGGGCUCCUCAAUAUAUCUGUAGCAGGCAUGAUCUACACUGAAAUGACUGGGAAGCUGCUAAGCACUUACUACAACAUCACCUGCUUUCCCCUCUGGUACAUUGAAUUCGCCCUGGCAGCCCUGUUCAGCCUCAAUGCCCUGUUUGACUUCUGGAGGUACUUCACCUACACAGCAGCACCAGGCAGCUUGGUGACGAGUCCCAGCCAGCAGAUCGUGGGCUGGCUGCGCAGGGCAGCCGUGCAGGUCACUCCUCCCCGGGAGGCGGGCCCCAAGCGGGUGCUGUCGCUGCCGCCGUCGCCGCCCCUGCAGGGCCAGUGCGUGCUCAGCUACAGCCCCUCGCGCUCGCCCAGCGCCAGCCCCAAGUUCUCCGCGGGCUGCCUGGGCGGGUUCAGCCCCCAGCUGCAGCCCCUGCCCGGGGCCAGCCCCUCCCACAGCAGCCCGGGCACCUUCUCACCCGGCGGCAGCUACACCAAGGUUUCCAGCUUCGGCCACUCUCCCAAUGGAUCUCCCUAUUCCGUGAGUGUGGGGCCUGUGGACGGCGCUGGGAUCAGGUCUCACUACCGGUUCUCCCCCAUCCUGUACAACAAUUCCACCUCCAAAGAUGACUGCAUCACAGAUGUCAAAUCCCUGGACACCUUCCUGAGGAACGAGGAGGAGAAACAGCACCGAGUUCAGCUGGGGAGCUCAGAUUCCAGCUCUCCCUCCAGCAGCCCAACGUUUUGGAACUACAGCCGUUCCAUGGCAGACCAUGCACAGAUCCUGAGGAAGUUCCAGUAUCAGCUGGCCUGCAGGUCCCAGGCUCCUUCUGCACACAAGGAUGAAGCUGAUCUCACCUCCAAACAGGCUGCAGAGGAGGUUUGGGCCCGGGUGACAAUGAACCGGCAGCUCCUGGACCACAUGGAUUCCUGGACAGCCAAAUUCAGGAAUUGGAUCAAUGACACCAUUCUGGUGCCCCUGGUGGAAGAGAUGGAAUCUGUGAGCACUCAGCUGAGGAGGAUGGGCUGUCCAGAGCUGCAGAUUGGAGAGGCCAGCAUCAGCAGCCUGAAGCAGGCAGCCCUGGUGAAGGCCCCGCUCAUCCCCACCCUGAACGCUCUGGUGCAGUACCUGGAUCUGACCCCAAACCAGGAGUACUUGGUGGAAAGGAUCAGAGAGCUGUCCCAGGGAGGGUGCAUGAGCUCCUUCCGCUGGAACGGGGGCGGGGAUUUCAGGGGCCGCAAAUGGGACACGGACCUGCCCACCGACUCCUCGAUCCUGAUGCACGUGUUCUGCACCUACCUGGACUCCAGGCUCCCCCCUCACCCCAAGUAUCCCGAUGGCAAAACCUUCACUUCCCAGCACUUCAUCCAGACUCCAGACAAGCCAGACACUUCAAACGAAAACGUGUUCUGCAUCUACCAGAGCAGCAUCAACCCUCCCCACUACGAGCUGAUCUACGAGUGCCACGUCUACAGCCUGCCCAAGGGCAGGAACAACAUGUUCCACACCUUGCUGAUGUUCCUGUACAUCAUAAAGACAAAGGAAUCUGGGAUGCUGGGGCGUGUCAAUCUGGGAUUGUCAGGAGUCAAUGUGCUGUGGAUCUUUGGGGAGUAGUGGGAGCCAGCCCUGGAGGGAUCGGCUGGGACUGAAUCGUGGAUUUGCUGCAAACCAGGACAAUUAAAGCUCUGUGGGCAGGGAGGAAGUGCCUGUGAUUCCCUGUGGAUUUUGUCAGGGCAUUACAAAGAGAAUUUCACUGGGCAGGAGUUCUCCUUCCUGCUCCUCACCCCAACCAGUCCUGCUUAAACUGAGCUUUGCUGGUCUCAGACUAAACCAAACCAAACCAAACCUUUGAAGGUGCAGCUGGAACAGCCCCCCAAGGCUGUGCUCAGCUCUGAGCACUUGGAGGGAUUCAACAACUUGGACAACUUCAGCAUCCAAGAAAUUCCCAGUCUGGAAGCUCAGACUCAGUUUUGCUUCAUUUUAUUCUGCAUGAUAAAAACCAAUUCAUUUUAUCCCUGAUUAUUGGUGGAAUUGUGAUUUCUGACCCCUCAAGAUGUUCCUGCAGCUGAAGAGGAAAGACAAAGCCAUGUUUGUCUUGCUGAGUUCAGCAAAUAAGAAUUUUAUUUCUAUUUUUAA